GAUUCCUAGUGAUAUUGUGGGACUACCAUCCUUGCAGAUUUUGACAUUAACAAAAACUUGUGUGGAGAAUGUACCGAAGCUUCUACAGAGUUUGGUGGCUACAAGAUUGAAGGUCCUUGAUCUGUCGGAUUGCAGAAUGUUGAAAGAAACUUCUGAGCUCUUUGCAUUUUUAUCCUUAGAAAAAUUAAUUCUGAAGGGGUGUACAAUGCUUACGAAACUUUGCGACUCAAUCGGAAUGCUGAAACAUUUAGUUGAGUUGGAUGUCUCAUCCACAAGCAUUGUAGAGUUACCAAAUAGCAUUGUCAACCUAAAGAACUUGAAAGUGUUAUAUUUUGACGGUAGUUGCAUGCAAAAGUUACCUGAUAUCAUUAAGAAGAUGGAGAAACUUGAGAAAAUUUACGGAGUAAGUUGCCGGCAGCUUGAAUGCACUUUUGGUGUUAAUUUGGAAGCAGUACACUUCCAGAUGUGGAAAUUAACUGAAACUCAUGUGGAGAAUGUACCGAAGCUUCCACGAGUUUGGUAAGUCUAUGUCUAUGCUCCCAUGUUUCAAAAAAAAAAUUCGGAGAUCUCUAAUUUAGUGAUUCUAAAAAAACUAAAAUGAUGUUUUCCCAUAACAUUCUAGAUGUGACCAUUUAGAAGAGUAGUGUUAAUUAUAUUCUAUCUUUUUAUUAUUUAAUGUUGGGGUAAUUUAAAAAAGGAUCCAUGUUCUUUUAUAUGUUGUUGGAAUGAAGAGUGACGAAGAGUGGUUUUGGCUUAAGUUAGGAAUGCAUAUACAGAGUAUUUAUAAAGUUACUUUUGUUGAAUGCUUGCUUAGUCAAUAUAUUUGCUUUUGUCCUACAAAACUAAUAUAAAUUAAACUUGUUGGAUAUGCCUAAUCAUUUGACAGGCGGCUACAAGAUUGAAGAUCCUUUAUCUGUCGAAUUGCAGAAUGUUGAAAGAAACUCCUGACUUCUCUGCAUUUUUAUCCUUAGAAAAAUUAGUUCUAAAGAGGUGUGCAAUGCUUACGAAAUUUUCUGACUCAAUCGGAAUGCUGAAACAUUUAGUUGAGUUGGAUGUCUCAUUUACAAGCAUUGUAGAGUUGCCAAAUAGCAUUGUCAAUCUAAAGAGCUUGAAAGCGUUGUGGGUUAACGGUACUAGCAUACAAAAGUUACCUGAUUGCAUUGGGAUGAUGGAGAAACUUGAGGACAUUUAUGGAGUAGGUUGCCGGCAACUAGAAGUAAUUCCUAGUGAUAUUGUGGGACUACCAUCCUUGCAGAUUUUGAAAUUAACAGAAACUCGUGUGGAGAAUGUACCGAAGCUUCUACAGAGUUUGGUGGCUACAAGAUUGAAGGUCCUUAAUCUAUCGGAUUGCAGAAUGUUGAAAGAAACUCCUGACCUCUCUGCAUUUUUAUCCUUAGAAGAAUUAAUUUUGAAGGGGUGUACAAUGCUUACGAAACUUUGCGACUCAAUCGGAAUGCUGAAACAUUUAGUUGAGUUGGAUGUCUCAUCCACAAGCAUUGUAGAGUUGCCAAAAAGCAUUGUCAAUCUAAAGAGCUUGAAAGUGUUGAAGAUUGACGAUAGUUGCAUGCAAAAGUUACCUGAUUGCAUUGGGAUGAUGGAAAAACUUGAGAAAAUUUAUGGAGAGGGUUGCCGGUGGCUAGAAGUGAUUCCUAGAGAUAUUAUGGGACUACCAUCCUUGCAGAUUUUGAAAUUAACAGAAACUUGUGUAGAGAAUGUACCGAAGCUUCUACAGAGUUUGGUGGCUGCAAGAUUGAAGAUUCUUGAUCUGUCGGAUUGUAGAAUGUUGAAAGAAACUCCUGUCCUCUCUGCAUUUUUAUCCUUAGAAAAAUUAAUUCUAAAGGAAUGUAAAAUGCUUACGAAACUUUCCGACUCAAUCGGUAUGCUGAAAUAUUUAGUUGAGUUGGAUGUUUCACACACAAGCAUUGUAGAGUUGCCAAAUAGUAUUGUCAAUCUAAAGAGCUUGAAAGUGUUGAAGAUUAAUGGUUGUUGCAUGCAAAAGUUACCUGAUUGCAUUGGGAUGAUGGAGAAACUUAAGGAAAUUUAUGGAGAGGGUUGCCGGCAGGUAGAAGUGAUUUCUAGUGAUAUUGUGGGACUACCAUGCUUGCAGAUUUUGAAAUUAACAAAAACUCGUGUGGAGAAUGUACCGAAGCUUCUACAGAGUUUGGUCGCUACAAGAUUGAAGGUCCUUGAUCUGUCGGAUUGCAGAAUGUUGAAAGAAACUUCUGAGCUCUUUGCAUUUUUAUCCUUAGAAAAAUUAAAUUUGAAGGGGUGUACAAUGCUUACGAAACUUUGCGACUCAAUCGGUAUGCUGAAAUAUUUAGUUAAGUUGGAUGUCUCACACACAAGCAUUGAAGAGUUGCCAAAUAGCAUUGUCAAUUUAAAGAACUUGAAAGUGUUGAAGAUUGACGGUAGUUUUAUCCAGAAGUUACCUGAUGCCAUUGGGAUGAUGGAGAAACUUGAGAAAAUUUAUGGAGAGGGUUGCCGACAACUAGAAAUGAUUCCUAGUGAUAUUGUGAGACUACCAUCCUUGCAGAUUUUGAAAUUAACAGAAACCCGCGUGGAGAAUGUACCGAAGCUUCCACAAAGUUUGGUAUGUCUUUGCUUGUCCUCAACAGUCUCAAAAAAAGAUCCGGAGAUCUCCAACUUAGUGAAUUUAAGAAAUCUGGAAUUAUGUUUUCCCCUUACAUACACCGUUCGUCCCAUGAUUCCAAAAAGUGAUCUAUGCAUGUCCAGAUCAUAUUGUAAGUUAGAACUUUCAAUUAUCACUAGAAGAAGCUCAUAUUUGGGUUACUUUCGCUGUCUAAAAGAACUUGAACUUGAGAACUGCGAUAACUUGCGUUGUGUUGGACAGCUGCCCUCUGAUUUGAGGAUAUUUAUAGUUACCAAUUGCAGAUUUCUUGAAGUUGUGGACCUUUCCAAUUUAUCUAACUUCAAGAAUCUCAAGGGCCUUGAAGUACGGGACUGUUUGAGACUAGUUGAAAUUCGAGGUCUUGACAGACUGGAAUCAUUGAAAAGUCUUUAUAUUGAAUGCUGCAGUCCCUUGCUACGCUUACCUGAUCUAUCCACCUGGAAGGAGCUGAGGAAGUGGGAUGUUGAUGCUCUUGCGACAAAUUUGGCGAGAGGAAAACAAGUAGCUCGAAGUGUUGAUCUCCCACUCUAGCACUUGAAAAAAGCUUGUAGGAUUGGCAAAUCCUUAUUAUGUUGGCUCGUGUUUUAUUUGAUCUGUGAUACUAGUAGGGUCCAUUUCUUUUUUUUUUGGUCGUGGAGUAUAUCAUGUGCCCAGGCCUCUACUUCUGAUGAACAAAUGAUACAUACACUGUUAGGCCUCUUAGAACUUUGUUGAAACUUUUUGGGCCUAUGAUAUUAUUGGGUUUUGACCACGCAAUGCAAAUCCCAAAACAUUGCAUCCUACGUAGAAUAGCCACAUUCUUGGCCAUUAUGAAAGUCCAAACUACUUAAAUUU